GAAGGGCAAAAUAGAAAAGGUAGAAAUUUAGGAAGCAAACAAAAGCUCCACUGCCUUGUCUGCAAUGGCGUCUGGGGCUUUUCCCACGAGCGCCCCCCAGCCCUUCUAGCUUUCCUCCCUAGGCAACUAGACGCCGCUCUCCCGCAGCCGCUCCGCCGGCCAAGUCUCAUCUCCCGCCCCAGCUGAGACGAUGGGGUCGUCGUCCUCGCCGGCGCCGCCGCCGCCCAUGAUCGGGCGGGCCGGGAACCUCACCGUCUUCAUCACGCCGCCGUCUCCCGCUAGCACUCCGCGGGGCGCCUCGCGCACGCCCCCGCCCGAGUCCCCGCGCUCGGAUUUCUCCACACCCACCCCACAGAGGGCAGCCCCAUCGCUCUCCGCUUCUCCCUCGCCGCGUAACCACGAGAGCCCGGUCGCGGCGCCUGCGGUGGUGUUCACCCCGCCCCCGCCGCCGGCUCCUGUGAAGGUCGCGCCGCCGCCGGUGCAGGUGCCGCCGCCUCAGUACGAGAAGGCGUCCGCGGGGGGCAAGCACGACGGAUCGGCGUUCGGCUUCUUUUGGGACGCUGUCGCGCGCAUCCAGGAAGCGCACGCGAGCCUCGACGAGUACGUGGCUACCUGGUUCGGGUUGGAUCAGUCCAAGUACCAGUGGGCGCUCAACGACUACUACGAGGCCACAGGCAAGGAAGUGGAUUGUGUAAAAGGUGGUAAGCCGAAGGAGCUUACUACUACUAAAGUGCAGAAAGUCUAAAAAGGCAACUUCGUUUUGUAGGGAUCGUCUGUCUGGAGAAGCAUGUUCCAUUAGCUACAUUUUGGUGUCGCCUUGAAAGGUGGUCAUCUCUGCUUUGUGGGCGACCCAAGUGUAUGCUCUAGAGGUCGCGGUUGAAGGAGCGGCCGCUGUUUUGUUCUGCCGUUCAGAUAUGCUGUAAUCCUAAGGUUAUGUCAAAACACAGAAUCGGUCUUAUUCGCAAUGGGUAAUAGUAUUUCUAAUCUGCAUGC